CGCUGAAGGGAAGUAUACGUAUUGCGUAGGGUCCUUCCAAGAAUCAGGAAGUCGCUGUGCUGUGCGCAUGCUCUUUCUCUUUUUUCCUUCAGGCCCGAUUUAGGCAGUAAAGAUGUUGAUGCCCAAGAAGAAUCGUAUUGCCAUUUACGAACUCCUGUUUAAGGAGGGUGUGAUGGUGGCCAAAAAGGAUGUUCACAUGCCCAAACACCCGGAGUUGGCUGACAAGAAUGUGCCCAACCUCCACGUAAUGAAGGCCAUGCAGUCUCUGAAGUCCCGUGGCUAUGUAAAAGAACAGUUUGCUUGGCGUCAUUUUUACUGGUAUCUGACAAAUGAAGGUAUACAGUAUCUGCGUGACUUUCUUCACCUUCCACCAGAAAUUGUUCCUGCUACUCUGCGCAGAAGUCGUCCUGAAACUGGCAGGCCAAGACCCAAAGGUUUGGAAGGUGAACGCCCUGCUCGUUUUGCCCGUGGUGAAGCUGACAGAGACACAUACAGACGCAGUGCAGCACCACCUGGUGCUGACAAGAAAGCAGAGGCUGGUGCUGGUGCCGCAACAGAAUUCCAGUUUAGAGGUGGAUUUGGACGGGGACGUGGACAACCUCCUCAGUGAAAGUACUUUUUUUUUGCUUGUUUGUGAAAAAUAAAAUAUUGAAAAAAAUA